CCAGACCCUAAUUCUAUUCUAUAUUUCUACUACGCAAAGUUAACGCUACUUCAACUUCGACACACACACUCGCUUUUCGCCGCUCUCUCUCUCUCUCUCUCUUUCUCUCUUUCUCUCCGCCGAAUUUUCAGAUCUAACCCUUCGUUUCUACAGCAGUUAAAAAUAUGUCAGAGGAGAUAGAAUACCGCUGCUUUAUUGGUGGCCUCUCGUGGUCAACAUCAGAUAGAGGUCUAAAAGAUGCAUUUGACAAGUUUGGAAAGCUUCUUGAAGCAAAGGUUGUUGUUGACAAGUUCUCUGGGCGUUCUCGUGGAUUUGGGUUCGUCACUUUUGAUGAUAAGAAAGCAAUGGAAGAAGCUAUUGAUGAAAUGAAUGGAAUGGAAUUAGAUGGGCGAACUAUUACUGUUGAUAAAGCUCAGCCUCACCAAGGUUCAGGUAGAGAUUAUGAUGGUGGUCGUGAUCGUGACCGAGGUCGUGAUCGUGAUAGAGGUCGUGACUAUGGAGGUGGGCGUGGAUCUAAUGGUGGGGAGUGCUUUAAGUGUGGGAAGCCUGGCCAUUUUGCUAGGGAGUGUCCAAGUGAAGGCUCUAGAGGCGGCGGCAGGUAUGGUGGUAGGGAUGAUAGGUCUGGUGGUGGUGGUGGCGGCGGGAGCGGGCGUUAUGGUCCUGACCGAAAUGGAGAUCGGUCUAGUGGGCGCAGCAGGGAUUCUGGUAGUCGUGCAAGUUCUGGAGCAGAUCGAUACAGCCGUGACCGUGGAGGUCCUUAUGAACGCCGUGGUGGUGGAGGAGGUUUCCGCUCUGGAUAGAGUGACUGCUUCUGAUUCUGCUUUGGAACUGGCGGUGCCGCAGCUACUGUCUUCAAAGCGUUCCAAGUUUCCUUUUGCUGGAUACAUUCUUAUGAAAAUUGUCUUGGUGGAUCAAUCUAGUAUAUCAGUAGUUUGAAGUGCAAACAUUGGCACGAAUAUUCACCUGUUUUGUGUUCCAAAAAUGCUCAUUUCGAUGUUUUGGUUCGAUGGGAUAUUAUGCUUGCUUGACAUGCACUUUGGAAAUUGGUCUUGUAGUCUGUGAAUGCCAUUAUUGCUGCUGGAUAUCUUGUGACUUUCAUGCAUAGAAUUGCAAACACCAUAAUUGCUGCCCAAUCCUCAUUGAUCAUUUCUCAUAGGCAAUUGCAAAAUGGGAAGGUUGUUUGGUUGGAUGUGUAUUCGGAGGAUCGAUUCAAGGGUAUGUCAAUUGGGAGUUUGCUUCUUUUCACUUGGGAAGUAGAAGCGGUUUUAGAAGUAAAUGCCCAUUUUGGCUACCCUGUUUCAGUAUCUUACUAAAAACAGGAGUCAAGCGGGGUGCUUCGCUAUUUAUGGUCUUUAUGGAUACAUGAUUGGGUUACAUUGUUGCUAAUUGGACAUGUAUGGUUUUUAGUUUUUAAAUUGUCAGUGUUUUCGCCCGCAACAGGCCAUCUACAAUUUAAUUCAACAUAAGCCACACUCAUCUUCUGCAUGGCGCACUGAUGGAGAGUUCCAUUUUUUGUAAACACGUGACAGAUUGUGUUGGAGUUCUUGGUGAAUGCAGCAACUGUUUGCUGAUAAUUUUUUUUCUCCUAUGGGUCUUUCUUCUGCAAUGCCCUUCUUGGUGAUGGAAGAUUUUUGUUAUCCCCUUGUGUUUCCUAGAUGCGUGUCAUCUCUUGGUUCUUGUUUCUUGAGAUCCAGAUAAAUGGUUAUGUUUCUCUUGGUUCUUGUUU